CAUUCCAGAGGCCUCGCUCGGCACUGGCAUAGCUCGCGGCGCGCCGUGCGCGGACCGUUGUCACGUCGCUUCUCUCUCUCUCUCUCUCUCUCUAUUCAACUGUAUGUGAAGUGCGAUCCCGCGCGCAAAAUACAACGAACGCAUCCACGUAUCCCGAGUGUAUUAUCCCGAGGCUUGAUGUGCCGCGAAGAAGAGGAGACACAUAUCAGUGCGCGUUUCAUCGAGUCUCGAGCGCGAAGUGUGUUUGGAAAAAGGUAACAGCCGCGGCGUUGCCAGGUUGAGCACCAGGUGAGACACAGAAAGAGAGAAGCGCCUUUCGCUUUGCUUACCUGCGCGCCGCUCGCGUUUGUACCUACGGCUCUGCUGUGUGUGUACCUUCGCAGAUAUAUAUAUAUACAGUGUGUACUAUAUAAACGACGCCGCGCGGCCUGCUUUUCUCCUGGAAAAUCACGCAGGUCGCCGCUGUCGUAACGGAUUCGGAUUCAAAAAAAUCGAAUGUGCGCGGAUGCUGCGCCGAAGCCUCACCUGCUGAAGCCUGGACUGAGGGAGAGGUGGAGAAUAUGACGUGCUAUGUGAUUGUCAUCGGAGUAAAAAAGUGCAGUGGAAGCCUCGGGGAUGUAGCUUCCAGGAUCGGUUGCAGCCCGACGACGCGGUGCGCGACGUGAGAGAUCGUGACUGCGAUUGUUGUUGUUCUUCUUUUCUUCGUGCGCGCGACUGCAUAUACGAGUAUACAUACAAGAGCAGAGAUAUAUAGGAAAGAGACGAGUGGAGUUGUUACAAGUGGGUGUGUGAGUGCGGAGAUUAUGGCCAGGAGGAAGGAGCGAGGACUUUUUCCCGAGGCCAUGGCUCGCGCUGCGGGGACCAGGAGGACGACGGCGGCUGCGAUUCUAGCGGUCCUCGGCGUCGCUGCUUGCUGCCUCUUUGGAACUGCCUGCGCCACCGGUGAGUCACGAGUUCACGCUAACCGUCUCAACUAUCCUCCGUCCCAGUCCCUACAGGAGCCACGAUUUAGUACUCAGCCCUCCAGCAGCGGUGGAAUUCUCAGCGAGAACCGAACGAAAAUUUUCCAGUGCCAAGCCGGAGGUAAUCCGCAGCCGAAGUACAGGUGGUUCAAAGAUGGAAAGCCCCUCACGAAUGAGCUCACUUCGGAGUACUUUUACCGGAUACACAACACCCGGAGGGAGGACUCCGGGGUCUACUACUGCGUCGCCACCAACGAGGUCGGCGCCAUUUUCAGCGAGAGGAUAUCCUUCUCCGUGGCAUACAUGGGCGAGUUCGAGGACCUGACCGAGCGCGGUCUCGAGGUGUCGUCCGGCGAGGCGGCCGUCCUGGAAAUGCCCCACAUCGAGAGUCACCCAGUCCCGGAAGUGAUUUGGUCAACUUCCGACGGGAUCAUUCCUUACACCAUUAAGUACGCCAAGGUUUAUCACAAGCUCCUCAUCCUCAACGCCGCCGAGUCCGACGAGGGCUCCUACAGGGCACGAGCCAUCAAUACGCAGCUGGGAAAGGAGGAAAACAGUCCGUUCUUCAAGCUGAAAGUGACCGGCGACCCGAACGCGGAAGUCGCGCCUACGAUCGUCGUCAAGCCCGAGGACACGAAAAUAAUCAAAGACCAAGGAACGACUUACUUGCACUGCAUCGCUAAUGCCAGAUCUCUCCACGAGCUGAGAACGAUAUGGACGAAGGACGACAUUCCGAUCGAGGAUGCGCGCAUAGCUUUCAACUUCCAGGACUCGUGGAACAGGACGCUGAUACUGAUAUCGGCGAACCUGACUUACACCGGCGUCUACGCCUGUCACGUCGAUCUCAGAAGCGGAGGCUACCCGACCAUUAGCGCCAGCGCCAUGAUCGAGGUUCUCGAGAAACCCACCUUCGUGGCCGAACUGAAGCGGGUGACCCUGAGCGAGUACGGGACGACGGUGACGUUGCCCUGCGACACCGAUGGGGUACCCCCGCCGACCAUCCAAUGGUUCAGGAACGCCGAACCCGUCGACAGCCUGCUGGGAACGAGGUACGCCAUGCAAGAGGACGGCUCGCUGACGAUCAAGAAGCUGACAAUGGAGGACUCGGGAAUGUUUCAGUGUCUGGCGCUCAACGAAGCCGGCGAGGCGUCCAGCUACACCUGGCUCAAGGCCAAAAAAAGAUCGGAAACAGCUAUGAAAGAGAGAAAGAGAACGGCCCGUCGAGCCGCCGGUUAUGGUAUCGUCGGAGUGCGCCAGGAUAAUCGUCGCUUUCAGUUCUUUCAGUACCCAGACCCUUCGAUACCGAUAAUGGAAAUUCCACCGCAAAACGUCACAGUACUGGACGGCAAAGAUGCGAAUCUUAACUGUCGAGCCAUCGCUGCACCAGUGCCCAACGUCACCUGGAUGUACAACGAUACGACCCCAGUCGAGAUAGCCGGCCGAGUUCAAGUUUUGGAGAAUGGAGAUCUGUUGAUAGCCGAUGUGAAGCCGAGCGACGCUGGAAAGUACACUUGCAUUCGCGCCAACGAGGCUGGUUCCGUAAACGGAUCGGCUUACGUCUCGGUGCUAGUGAGAACGCAAAUUAUUCAACCGCCGGUCGACCAGUCGGUUCUUCUUGGUCACACCGCCGAGCUCAAGUGCGAGGUAUCAAAUGAUCCGAGCGUCAAAUACGACAUCGCUUGGUUUCAUAAUUCUCAAGUGAUAAACACGCGAGCGAGUCCGAGAGUGAAGAUGCAGAAUGACGGUACGCUGGAGAUUGGGGCUGUACGUGCAUCCGACGUCGGCGAGUACAUGUGCUCGGUGGUGUCGUCUGGAGGCAACGAGACUCGCACUGCCAGGCUCAGUGUCAUCGAGCUGCCGUUCGCACCUAUUAACGUUGUCGCUAGCAGGGUUGAGGAAAUCUCGCCCAGGACUAUCAAUGUCACCUGGGUUCCUGGCUUCGACGGAAACAGUCCAAUUAAGUCUUUUAUCGUGCAGAGGCGAGAGGUUCCUGAACUUGUCAAAAUGGUACAUUUCCGAAAUGACAAUGAUUUUAUAGGACCUCUUCCCGACACAUCCCUCAACUGGAUAACGGAAUAUUCAAACAUAUCUGCAAGCAAUCGUUGGGUCCUGUUCAAUAAUCUCAAAGCUGCGGCAGCCUACCAAUUCCGCGUGAGCGCAGAGAACAGUGUUGGCGAAGGACCAAGUUCGGAACCCAGCAACGUCGUCCUGCUUCCUCAAGAACCGCCAACCGGUCCGCCGUUGGGUUUUGUGGGCUCGGCUCGCUCCUCGUCCGAGAUCAUAACCCAGUGGCAACUUCCGGCCGAGGAGCACCGGAACGGCCAUAUAUUGGGUUACGUAUUGCGCUACAAGCUGCACGGCUACAACGAAACGCCCUGGAUGAUCCAGAACAUAACGAAUGAAGCGCAGAAGAACUAUCUCAUCACCGAUCUGAUAACCUGGAAAGAUUACAUUGUCCAGAUCGCCGCCUACAAUGAUAAGGGCGUCGGCGUUUUCACCAACGAGCUCAGAAUCAAGACUAAGGAAGGAGUACCUGAGGCUCCACCAACCGACGUGCGGGUAAAAGCAAUCAACUCGACGGCAGUGAACGUAUGGUGGAAGCCGCCAAAUCCACAGAACAUCAACGGCAUUAACCAGGGUUACAAGCUGCAGGCCUGGCAUAAUGGAGGCUUCGCCGAGGAGAACGAGUACAAAUCUAUCACCGUCGCGCCCAAUCUUUUCGAUCCUCAAGCCGAGCAGAACGCGGUUAUUCCAAAUCUCAGAAAGUAUACGCUGUACAACAUAACCGUUUUGUGUUUCACCAACCCCGGUGACGGCGAAAGAAGCGCGCCCGUUUCUGUUCGUACUAGCGAAGAUGUUCCUGGCAAAGUGGAAAAUCUGCAGUUCCUCAAUAUCAGCGACCGCGCCCUAACAGUAAAGUGGCGUCCGCCUAAGGAAAUCAACGGAGUUCUCACCUUUUAUCAGUUAAAGUAUACGAUUAAAGAUAAGCCCGACACACUGAGAGUGCUAAACUUCACCGCUGAUAUGCUAUCGACGAAAAUAGAACAGCUACAGGCCACCACGCACUACACUUUCGAAGUGUUGGCUUGGACUUCAAAGGGCCCGGGAGAGCCAAGUAUAGCUACUAUACAAUCGGGUGUCGAGCCGGUACUUCCCGAGCCGCCGACAAAAUUAGCGUUGUCGAACAUAGACGCGUUUUCUAUUGUACUGCAAUUCACUCCCGGCUUCAAUGGCAACGCUUCUAUUUCAAAAUGGACUGUACAGGCACAAACCACUCGCAAUACGACUUGGCACACCAUAUCUGAAAUUUACGAUCCGGACGCGAGAAAAAUAAUGGUAGAAGGCCUCACUCCCUUCAUGCAGUACAAGUUACGCUUGAUCGCUAACAAUGUUGUGGGGGCUUCUGCACCGUCGGAACCAACAAAAGAAUUCCAAACUAUUCAGGCCCCACCGUCUCACCCGCCUAGAAACGUAACUGUUAGGGCGAUGAGCGCUACUGAAUUGCGAGUUAGAUGGAUCCCUUUGCAACAAGUCGAAUGGUACGGCAACCCCCGAGGGUACAAUAUAACUUACAGAGAAGUUCGUACCAACAAAUCCAAAAGUAUCAGCAUUGACGAUCACACAGCCAACUCGUACGUGCUCGAGAAUAUGGAAGAGUUUGCUCUGUACGAAGUAUACAUGCAUGCUUACAACGACGUCGGUUCUUCCACCUUAAGCCCCAAAGCCGUGGAACGUACGCGUGAAUCUGUUCCAUCUCUUGGGCCUAUUGGCGUUGAAGCUAAUGCAACUUCAUCAACGACGAUUGUAGUCAAAUGGAAAGAGGUACCGAUCGAGCACCAAAACGGACAAAUUGAAGGAUACAAGGUUUACUACAGGGCAAACACGAGAUCUCCAUUCCAAUUCAAAAACAUUCCUAGCAAUUCCACUUUUACCACGACUUUGACGGAACUGAGAAAAUACGUUCAAUAUCAUGUGCAAGUUUUGGCUUACACCAGACUUGGCGAUGGAGCUCUAAGCAUGCCACCAAUCAGGGUUCAAACAUUUGAAGAUGUUCCUGGCCCGCCAUCCAACGUAUCGCUACCUGAUGUUAGCUUCAAUACAGCACGAAUAAUUUGGGACACGCCUGAAGAUCCGAAUGGAGACAUUCUUGCAUUCAAAGUAAUGUUCCAUUUGAACGGAAGCAUGAAUCAUCAGUUCGCUAAAGAAUUUUCCGCAACAACUAGAACGUUCACGGCAACGAAUUUGGAGCCAGAGAAAUAUUACAUGUUUUCGGUGACAGCUCAGAGUCGAUUGGGCUGGGGCAAAACAGCUUACGCUUUAGUAUUGACGACUAACAACAGGGAACGUCCACAACCUCCGUCGAAGCCGCAUGUGAGCCGGUCUCAAGUGCAAAGUCGACAGAUCACUUUUAGUUGGACACCUGGACGAGAUGGAUUUGCUCCUUUGAGAUAUUACACUGUACAACAAUCGGAAAACUCUGGUCCUUUCCAGACCAUACCAGAACGAGUAGACCCAUCUUUGACGUCGUAUACCGCAAAUAAUUUGAAGCCAUUCACUUUUUACCAAUUUAGAAUUCAAGCGACAAAUGACAUUGGCCCUUCUGCAUGGAGUAACGAAUCUAUUCAAGUUAAAACAUUGCCAGCUGCCCCGUCCCGAGGUGUAUCAGGCUUGAAAGUCGUUCCGAUAACUACGACAAGCAUCGAAGUUCAUUGGGAUCCUAUUGACGAACUCCACUGGAGUGGUGACCACCAAACCGGUGGCUACCGUAUAUCUUAUCAAAUUCUCUCAGACUUUCCAUCUGCUAUAGCUGGACCACCGAAAGAAGAAGUCAAGGGAAUCAAUGAAACUAAGAAAACCUUGACCGAUUUAACCGAAGAUAAAUACUACGAAGUCAUAGUUGCUCCAUUCAAUUCGGAGGGCGAAGGUCCUCCAAGUCUUCCUGUGACUGUUUACGUUGGAGAAGCCAUCCCAACGGGAGAGCCACAGCAAGUUACUUUAGAACCGAUCUCCUCUACAGAAGUUCAACUCAAAUGGAAGCCACCUCAGGCAAACAUGCAGAACGGCGAACUUUUAGGCUACAAAAUAUUUUAUCUAGUAACGGACUCUCCUCAAGAAUUGGAAAAGAAGCAAGAGGAAGAAAUCGAAGUUGUUCCCGCUUCGUAUUCCAUGCAUAGUUUAGUAUUCUUAGACAAGUACACGCAGUAUCGCAUACAAGUUUUAGCGUUUAAUCCAGCUGGUGAUGGACCGCGAUCUCCUCCGAUUACUGUCAGAACCAAACAGGAUAUUCCUGGUCCACCGCAAAAUUUACAAUUUAGUGAAAUAACUUUGACAAGCUUGAUCGUUUCGUGGGAUCCACCGAAGAUGCGCAACGGAGAGAUCGUUGGCUACGUCGUUUCUUACAAAACUUCCGAACAAAAUGACCGAUUCAGCAAACAGGUCAGACAGAAAGUUACGGAAACGAAUUUGCUCAUCCAACCAUUGGAAGAGGAAGUGACUUACACUUUUAGCGUGCAAGCUGAAACUAUAGAUCUCGGACCGCCGAUAUCUGGUAAUGUGACAACCGGUCCCCAGGAAGGUUCGCCUAUGGCGCCAAGCGGACUCAUCAUCACAAAAACGGUUUCCAGUGUGGAUUUGCAGUGGACAAAUGGCGCGACAGGCAAGGGUCCGAUACUGGGCUACUACAUUGAGACUAGAAGCAAAGGAAGAGAAGAUUGGCAUCCUUACAACAGUCAGUGGCUGCGGAUAACUCGAACAGACAAUGGUUUAUUAACGGAGUACAGCGUAUCAUAUCAGAAUUUGCUUCCAUCGACACUGUAUCUAUUCAGGGUGAUUGCUUACAAUCGUUACGGAAUCAGCUACCCCGCGUUUUCAACAGAAACGAUCUUAACACCCUCAAAGCUGUACAGGGAGUAUGCUUACUUGCAACAUCAACCCUUCUAUAGACAAACGUGGUUUAUGGUAACUUUAGCAGCCACGUCGGUUGUCAUAAUCAUCAUGGUGAUUGCAGUGCUUUGCGUGAAAAGUAAAAGCUACAAAUAUAAACAAGAAGCCCAGAAAGCCCUGGAAGAGUCGAUGGCGAUGGACAUUGAUGACCGGCAGGAGUCCGAUCUCGAGCUCUACCGAUCCCGGCAGACUGGCGGCGUCUCUGGAAUGGGUAAUGGAUGUGGCACCCUGGGUAAACGCAGUACUUUAAGUCGCAAAUCCGCGCACCCGCCGCCACCAGCGGUAUAUGGCAAGUCGCCACCUAGGCCCUCGCCUGCCUCCGUCGCUUACCACAGUGACGAGGAGAGCCUCAAAGGAUACGACGAGAAUCCCGAUGACAGUAGCGUGACGGAGAAGCCUUCUGAAAUCAGCUCCACGGAUUCACAGGCGUCAGAGAGUGAAAACGAAAGCGUGCAGUCGGACCCGCACUCGUUCGUGAACCACUACGCCAACGUGAACGACUCUCUGCGGCAGUCAUGGAAGCGGCAGAAGCCCGUGCGCAACUAUUCGUCGUAUACGGAUUCCGAGCCGGAGGGCAGCGCGGUUGUCAGCCUCAACGGAGGCCAAAUCAUCAUGAACAACAUGGCGAGGUCACGAGCACCGCUCCCCGGCUUCUCGUCCUUCGUCUGAUCGUUCACAGACUUCCAGAUAAGGACUUCAUUAAACUCUGAAAGAUUUUAACUGUGUUAUUUAUAAAGAGGAAAAACCACCUGCCCGCGCUUGAGUUAUCGCUCAAGCGAAAAGACAUUUUUCGCGUUAUGUAUAUCAAGCUUGUGGCGAAUUUUUAUUGUGAUAUAUCGUUAUGUACGUAUUAUUUAUAAUUAUUUACACAUCGUUUAUCUUAGGCGAUACUUAUACAUGCAAACCGUUUGGCUACUCUACGUUUCUCGAGCAUCAUUUUUCACGUUUGCUAAAGGCUCUUUGCGUAUCGCUUUGCACGGCUAUAUUUUAAGGAUAAUUACUUAAUACCUAACGAAGGCUUCCGCUGUGACUCUUUAGCGAUGUGAAGCCAAAAAUAUUUGUUUGUAUACUUGGAACGACUACUUAUAUGCAAAACCGUUGAUAGAAUUUUUCAUUUUUUUACGCGUGGGGACGAACGUCUUACGAUUCGCGAUGAUUAUUCUUUAGUUAUUUCUUUAACAAAAUUUAUCGGAUGUAAAUUUCGUAACGUAGAUCUUAACUUUUGACAAAAGGGUAGUUUUUAUAUGUACAGAACUGUACAUAUGUGUUUCUCAGUCAACAAGUGUUUAAGGUAGCUAACGAUUUUCGGAAUUUUCAGUUCUGUGAUUUUACUUACAUAUUUAUAUGCGAUCCAAAAGCAAUUAAUCCAUAUCAUAAUCAUGGACGAAUGAAGCAGCAGUUGCCUUACAAACAAUCGAGAGAAACGGGACUCAUCCAAGUCUCUAAUAAUUUGCAAUUAGCGAUGUAAUAUUUAUAUCUUAUCAAGAUAAUAGGAAAAUAUUAGUCUAGAUGUAAUUAGAAUUUUUUAGGGGUAUGUAUGUGGGAGUAAAAAGUAUACUGAAUGACUGUUUGCGAGUGCUCAUAAAGACACUUUGAAAUAAGUCUGAAUUAUGCAAUUUUGCAUACUGUAGUUUAUCAUGUAUAUUUUUUAUGUUGUAUCUCAUUUAGCUUUUUGACUACUAUGAAUGAUGUUGAUAUACUAGAGAGAAAAAAAUGUACAUUGUGUUUUUCCCCAAAAUACGGGAAAUCGUACUUAUCAGUUUGACGAAACUUUUUUACUUUUUAAAAAAUGAUAAUCAAAAAAAUGUUGUUGUUUUUUUUUCAUAAAUCAUAUACACAAACUGGUAAGUUACAUAUCUAAAUAGCAGCUUCGGUAAUCAGUCAUCAUUGAUGCUUAAACUGAAUGCUUAGAAGAACGGUCAUGUUGUUUAUAACUGUAAUAUUGCGUAUGAAACUUCAUGACCAAUUUCAGCGAAUACUGUAUAGAAUUAAAGGCUGAUGAAUCUAAAAUAGUUAAAUGAUCUUUCAACAAUAUCAUUAUUGCUCUUUACAAGAAAGCACAUUAGAAUACGAGCUUCUAUUAGAGAAAUUUAUUAAUAAUAAGGCAAUAGUAAUUUUUUUUAACGAUCGGUAAGCGUAAUAUUUAUUGUCGUUGAGUCAUUAAUGAGCCAAAAGAGUGUUGCUUGAAUAAAUCGACAUAGUAAGCUCGUUGCGCGCACUCUGCUAUAAAGACAAUACUUCACAUCGAUGCGGAAAUGAUUAACUUUCAUUCCCGAAAACCUGCAUCUCAAAUUUACUCAUCAAAUACAUAUGUAGUUUAGAUUAUCAACUACAACUUAGAAUAAAUAUCACCAUCCGGUGUUUUGUAAUAAAGAACUUAUUGUUAAUGCAGAAGCAUAGCUGCUCCUGAAAUACUGCCAAUAAACUUUUAUGUUCAAAUUUUCUAUUAUUAUUUAUACUGUAACGAGAAGCGAAACCGAUUGAUUAUGAAUUUGUAAUGAAAAAUCAGUUUUAGAAAUAUACUAUCAUUUAAUAAGAA